AACAAAUAUUUUUAUUAAGGUAUCUAUUCUUGGCAGAAAGUACAGAACUUUUCUUAUGGUUAUGGAGCAUGACUGCAAAUAAACAUCAUAUUCGUUCAGUUUCACUUCAGUCAAUAGCACAUCAUCUAACGCUUGACAUGGCUAAAGAAAAAAUUUAUUGGCGAGUUUCAAACGGAAAUCUUUUUUCUUGUGAUUACUAUUCCCAUAAUGUAAUUGAUUUUGGAACUUCAGGAGGUCCCAUGGCAGUAUUUGGGGAUUAUAUUUAUAUCAUGACUAGUGUUGGACGAAGUGUCGUUAGUGUCCAUAACACAACAGAUCAACGUACGAGACGUAAAUUUUUUCUUCCUGUAAACAACGCUUCUCUUGAUUUGGCUGUAGCAAUACACAGUAUCACUCCUGACUCAAACGCGACAAGCACUUUUCACUUUCCUUUGUGUGGACCGUACACAUACUAUCGUAAAAUUAAUGGGACAUUGAACUGCACGUGUAUGGAAGGAUACUCAGGAGAAUGUAACUCGUGCCAAGAUAUCAACGAAUGUCAGUCUUCUCCUUGUCGCAAAGAUCAGUCAUGCAUAAAUUUCUCAGGCUCCUACGCAUGUCGAUGCUCCACUGGAUACAAACUUGACAAAUCCAAAAAGAAAUGUAUCGAUAUCAACGAAUGUCAGUCUUCUCCUUGUCACUCUUUUUGCUUUUGCUGUAAUGCUCCAGGCUCAUUCCAUUGCAUACGACGUGGAUGGGGUAAUUGUUGGCUGUCUAGAGAGAGUUUUGGUUGGCGAGGAGAUUGCCUCCGUUGAUGAUGUUGCCAAAAAAUUUGAAAAGGUUAUACAAAGGUUAUGAGGAAAGAUCCUAGUGAUGGGGAAUCAUGUCAAAGAAAUACACUAAAAAUCUAAUUCUAAUUGAAGAAGCUUUUCGUAAAAUGUGUCGUAGAAAAUUUAAAAGCUUAUGUAGAAAAUGCUGUGUGUUUGACAUUUUUAUCCAUUGUUAAAAUGUAUCUGUAAUACAAAACUACGUGUAACAAGUUGUAAUCAACCAUAUUAUCAUAUAAAGUAAAUGUACAUAUUGUCAUAAUGUAUAAAAAAAGUAAAAUGAU